CACCAUGCAGUCUUCAUGUUUCCUCUCAUGUUCAUAUCCAAAUAAGUUGAUAGUGUUUUUGUUGCCCUUCCAGUCAUACCAGUACCAAUCGGAAUAUUUAUUUAUUUAUUUAAUUUGAUCCAUUCCAACCUUUGAUUGGAACGCCCUGUUCGGUACCUGGUACGUACGAGAACAAGGAACACACAUCAAUCCAAGAAAAAGUCAAAUCCAACUACAAUSGUCUGUAUCUGAUAUCAGAUGCCCAGACAAGGCACCAGUCUCCCGAUUGGUCAAGCUCUAUCACUACUUUUGACACCAUGCCCAUAACAAAUCCACACUUCAAACUCGGCCAAGAUAAAAUUGACGAAUAUUUARAAAACGGGGUCUUGGUCGUAGAAAACAUUCUCGCUGAUGACGAGUUAGAGGAAGCCAAGAAAGGUUUGUUGGAAUCACUACGGAGGCGUGGGAUCAAAUCGAUCGAUGUCGAAGACGAGGAAUCGGCUCUCGCCUUUCAGAAACUCUCUUCUACGAACGGAAGCGGUGGUGUGCUAGACAUUUUUCACGACGACUGGAAACUUAAAUUGAUUGCUACCCAUCCGAAGCUCUUUUCGAUAACUCAACAACUCUGGAAGGCAGGAUAUAAUUGCGGCGGACGAGAUAAAGACUCGCUACCAGAGAAUCAACGUUUUCAGUGGCAUCCUUACGGGGGAGAUAUCGAUUUCGAAAAUAAGGGCUAUUGUUAUAUUGAUAGAGUAGGGUAUAGAUUGCCGACCGAAUUGGCACAAGAAUGGGGGGAUCGCAUCUACAAACGCAAUAACGGUGUUACAUCGGUGACGAGUAAAAAGAAGAAGAAGUUACGAUCCAUACAGCGGUCGCUGACGCCUCAUUUAGAUUGCUGCCCUGAUACUCUCUAUGAAAACACAAACAAAUGGCGGCCUAUUCAGUGUUUUGUAUCUCUGACCRAUAAUCUUGAAGCAAAUACAGGAGGCUUUGAGGCAGUCCUUGGAGGAUUUCACCGCACCUUUGAUGCUUGGACAAAAAUCCGCAAUGGCGAUAAAACUGCGAUCGGUCAAARCAAAGCUACAAUCAACAAAGCCGCCCCAUGCCUUGGUGAAUACACACAUAUUCGACCGAAAGAAGAUGCCGACGUGAUGAAACGAGUGAAUCACAUUUCCGUCAAGGCAGGAAGUGCCGUCUUUUGGGACAAUCGAAUCCCGCAUGCCAAUGCAUAUCGGAAUGAUAAUAAGAGUGUUCCGCGUGCCGUUGUAUAUGCUUCGUUUUUACCAGACAUUGAGCUAAAUAGGCGCUACGUUGAAAAUCAACUUCUAGCCUGGAAAUUACGAAAACCGAUCCGAGACCAGUGGAAUCAUAUACCAGAGGAGCAAAGUCCGUGUAGUAAUGAGGAUCAGAUUGCGUCAUCAAGCGACGAAGGUAUUUUCACCGAAAUUGGAAAGCGACUAAUGGGAAUCGAACCGUGGUAGAAGGAACACGCGGCAUGACUUUAUCAGAUCUGGUGACUCCAUUGCAGUCUGGGUAACGCUACUUGUCGGAACGAGUGAUUMGUGUCAAGUGAAAUACGAUAUUACGAUAUUACAA